GAGAACACUGUCUCUUCUACUUCUGGACAAAGAAAGACGUUAGUUGUUGUUCUACCAAAAAAGAAAGAUCCUACCGGUCACAAUGAAGACCUUGAUUUUCCUGGUUCUUUUGGGAAUACACGGCGCGGCGGCAGUGACACACUCCAUGACAUACAUUGUGACUGCCGUCUCUGGUCUGGAUGGAUUUCCUAAACAUAAUGAAGUUGGACUUGUAGAUGGUCAGGAGUUUGUGCAUUAUGACAGCAACUUGAAGAAGAUCAUCCCCAAGACUGCUUGGAUUGAGAAGAAUGAAGGUGCAGAUUACUGGGACAGAGAGACACAGAGAAACAUCAAUACCGAGCAGGUUUUCCAAGCAAAUGUUGCCACGGCAAUGCAGCGUUUCAAUCAGACUGGUGGUGUCCACGUUUUCCAGAACAUGUACGGCUGUGAAUGGGAUGAUGAGACUGAGAAGGUUAAAGGUUAUGAUCAGUAUGGUUAUGAUGGAGAAGACUUCAUAGCACUUGACGUGGAGAAAGAGACAUGGAUCGCUCCAGUACAACAGGCUGUCAUCACCAAACAGAAGUGGGACAGUAACAAAGCUGAUAUCACACAGUUGAAGAAUUACUACACCCAGAUUUGUCCUGAGUGGGUGAAGAAGUAUGUGAACUAUGGGAGGAGCUCUCUGCUGAGAACAGUCCUUCCCUCAGUGUCUGUCCUCCAGAAGACUCCCUCCUCUCCACUCAGCUGCCACGCUACAGGUUUCUAUCCUAAUGGAGCCAUGAUGUUCUGGAAGAAAGAUGGAGAGGAGCUUCAUGAGGACGUGGACCAAGGAGAGGUCCUUUCCAACCAUGAUGGAACCUUCCAGAUGAGUGUUGAUAUGAAACUUCCAUCACCUGAAGACUGGGGGAGGUAUGAAUGUGUGUUUCAGCUCUCUGGUGUGAAGGAGGACAUCGUCACCAAACUGGACAAAGCAGAGAUCAGGACCAAUGGAGAGAAGCCCACUGACAUGACUGUCAUCAUCAUUGCUGUGGUGGUUGUUCUUGCUCUUGUCAUUAUCGCUACCAUUGGAUUCAUCGUGUACAGAAAGAGAAAUGCCAAACGCCCUCCAUCUCCUGUGAGCAACCCGGAGGUUAUGGAGCAGCUGAAUCCAAGUAUCUAAAUGAUAAACACACCAUCCUGAACACAGUUUAUGGAUUCAUGCACUGGAACAAUUAGCAGUGUCACCACAGUCUCCUCUGUAAACUGGGAAUUCAUUGAUUAUUCAUCAUUCAGAUCAUUAAUUGAUAGACUCUGGGUUUUGGAAUCAAUACUUCAGCAAAUAUCAAAAAUAAACAGUGACAUUAAAUAAUUCAGAUCAUUUAGUUUGAAAUAAAAAAGUGGAGUUUCCUCUGACAAAAUAUUUGCUUAAAUAUUAGUAAAUUAAAUGAGGUAGAAUAUUUUUUCCUUAUCCACAGAGACGUUAAGCUCAACAUUCAAAAAAAUGAAAGAAUCACUGCACUGUUCACUCAUACAUGAUUAAU